AUGGAUAAAGCCAGGGCAGCCGUCAGUGACUUCAUGGCCAAGGCCGGUCACCACGACACCACUGUCCACGAGAAGGUCGCUCCCGCCGUCGUGCACGAGACCAUCAACCCUCACCGCCACGAGGAGGUUCAGACUGCCAUCGACAAGGAGAUCCACCAGGACCACUACCACACCUCCGUCCAGCCCGUCUUCGACAAGGAGGUCCUCCCGGAGACUCACCAGCACAACCUCGCCGCUGUCCAGCACCGCACUUUCGAGCAUGGCAACGACCGCGAUGUUGCAGCACGCCUCGAAUCUGAGGCUGCUCAGUUUGCCAAUAAGCGCGAGAUCGCUCCCACCCGCGAGACCCGUGCUACCGCUCCUACCGUUGCUGGCGAGCACAUCCACCACCAUGUUCAUGAGACCAUCCAGCCCAUCGUCCAAAAGGAGACCAUCCAGCCCACCGUUGUGCACACCACCAUCCCGAUCCACGAGGUUCACCACAAUGCUGCUCAGUACCACACCACCUCAGCUCUCCCAGCCGUCAGCAUGGCCGACUUCAAGAAGCAGGGCGGUGUCUUGACCGGCCGUGAGGAGCGCUAUGAUGGUUUCGAGGGCGAGCCGCGCUCAGUCGGCGGUGCCUUGACCGGUCAUCAUCACGGCACUGGUGCUGGUGUUGGCGCUGCUGGCGUCGGUGCCGGUGCUGCUGGUCUCGGCCGUACCCGCAGUGGCAGCUCUAGCAGUUCCAGCAGCAGCGAGUCUGAUGGGGCUGGUGGCCGCCGCAGCAGGCGCACCCGACUUCCCCGUGUCGGUGGUCGCCGCAGCAAGGGAAUGACUGGCUCUACCGGCACUGGCCUGACUGGAUCCUCUGGCACCGGCCUGACCGGAUCCUCUGGCACCACUGGCACCACCGGCACCACCGGCAACCACAAGCCCAGCUUGAUGGACAAGUUGAAUCCUCGCAAGGAUGCUGAUGGUGACGGCAAGCCGGGCUUCAUGCGGUAG